CGNGGCAAGGCACCGUGGAAACAGAAACGAAGCAAACGAUCGAUUCCCACGCUCUUUUGCGACAAACCACACACACAACACACGACACACCAAUCAAUUCGAAACCCCACCCCCGAGUAAGUUUCUUCCAGAACCUUCAUUGAUGUAACCGCAAAAGAGAUCCCCCCCAAAAAAAUAAUAAAAAUAAGAAAAAGAAGCGAUGGACGACUGACUACAUGCGGCAGGAGGAGACUUGAAAUUAAGCAUGCGGAUCCGAAAGCGCCGGCGGCAACCGCUGCCGCCGCCGCCGGCAGCGCCGCUGCCGUCGGCGCCGGCGGUUCGGUGCGGGCAGGCGGCUGCGGAGUGCGCGGCGGGGGCGUGCCUGCUGUGCGCGUGCUGCCCGCUGGCCCUCCUCCUCUGCCUCGUCAGCCUGCCCCUCCGCCUCGCCCGCCGAUGCUGCUGCCGGCGCCUUCGGGCCUCCCGCCGGCGCCUCUCGCCCGCCGGAUCCUCCUCGUUUUCGGACAUCGAUUUCGACGCCGCACCGCCUCCUCCGAUUAGAAUCCGCGGCAGAAGUUCCGCGAAACCCGAGCCCAAAAGUGAAGAGGACGAGAAGAAGCAUGAUGUGAUGUGCCUGAAAAGAUGCUGGCAUAGAGAUCUUUUUCGGCGCUUCUUCUGUCGCGGCCUGUCUGCCGCUGCCGCUGGAUCAUCCUCGGUGUCAGGACCUCUCUGUCGCUGCCGCCGCCGGAUCGUCCUCGUUCUUCGACACCCAUUUCAAUGCUGGAAGAGCCCUCGGGAGCGGCGGCGCGUGUCGGCGGCUUGAUAAAGAGAAGUCCUUUCGAGAGGCACCCCUUCCCGAACUUUGAGUUUACCAUGCGACCCUUUAAAAUUCGUGCAAGAUGAAGUUUGCCGUAUAUUCGCGGUAUAUGGGCUUAAGAAGGGAAAAAGAAAAAAAAGAAAAAAAUGGUCUUGAUGACGAGCAACUCAUUCUCACUCGCUGCUGCAUCGCCUAAUUCCGUCCACUCUGCAGUGCACCAACGCAAAGCCUUUAAAUUUGAGGGAGAUCUUAAAAAUUCGAGCACGGGGUGUUUCGGAUGAGGAGAUCUCACUGAGAAGCUUUUCUAUUUUACUUUAAUAUUAAAGUAAAAUAGAAAUGAAGGUUUCAUCCAAUUCAUGCACAAAUCCUUCGACAGAAUAUGGUGUUUUAUUACUAAAAAAUUAGUGCUCUAAAUUCUAAGGGUGGCCGCCCAUGUGUGUUAGUUGAAGUUGCCAUUUUGUUUGAUUUUGGUUACUUUUUAUGAGUUUAGUUGUAAUAUUUUUAAUGGCA